AAUUUAGCAACUGAUUGUAGUGGUCGAAGUAAUAUAAAUCCAUCGAAAUGUACACUAUUCAGCUGAUUAAACCAAUUCAUAUGUACAUAAACAUAUUUUACCGUUUUGGAUUUUGGCAAAGGGACGAAGAAUCGAAUUACCGUAAAAAUGGAAAGAGAUUUUCUCUUGUGUUUUUCUAUGGGUUGUUUCCAGCUUUUCUGAUAGCGGAUGCAUUUCUACUUGAUGAUCUGAGCGAAUCUCUGCGCGUAAUGAUGAUGUUCUUCGUAUGUGCGAUUAUUUACAUCAAAUGUUUGUACCUGAUUUUCAAGCAAGAAAAAAUCUUUGAAUAUUUAAAUGAUCUCAGUCAUCUGCUCUCACCAAACAAUCGGGAAGAGUACGACCAAACCAACAAGAAACUAAACUUUUUCUCAAACAUAUUUGCUCCAUAUUGUUAUGUAGCUGCAAUUACCGCCACUUGUGGUAUUACUGUGCAACUUCCAAUAUUUAGCGAAGACCAUCAUUUACUACCGUUUUUUAUCAGUAUCUCGUGGAAUGAUUCAGACAUUAUUUAUUAUUCACUAUUUGUAUUUAUUUCAUUGCUAUUGAUGCUAUGCGUCAUAUCUAUAAUGAUCACACCACUGCUUUGGUACAUUAUGUUCAGUUAUUCAAUCGCAUUCGAUCUGUUGGGGAAUCAAUUUAAAAACUUAGGAAGGAAAGAGAUGGAAAUAAAAGACCACAUCCGCCAGAUCGAAGGACCACAUCGUGGGGCAUUCGUUGAUAAAUUCAUUGUUAUGAUAAAAUUUCAUCGAAAUUUGACAGAAACAGUUGAGCGAUUUAAGUCUACCUUCAAUACAUUAUUUAUGGGGCAGAUUACCAUGAGCGGAUUACUAAUUUGUCUAUCAGUCUACAAUUUGUCUAUUAUUUCGACGGACAAUAUGUUUGUAAUUCAAUCGAAUGUUGUUGUGUUGACCUACGCAGUUGCCGACAUUUUUAUGAUUAUGCACUUUGGAAAUGAAAUAACUGAUUCGAGCAGCCGAUUGGGUUACCGCUUAUUCGAAUCCAAUUGGAUUGAACAAACGGAAACGGACAAAAAGUAUGUUCUAAUCAUGUGCGAAAUAUUAAAGCAACCACUAGAAAUUGUGAUCCUAAUCUAUCCACUGAACUUGGAAACUUUUACAUCGUAUUUUCAGAAGUAAAUAGUUUAUAAAUAAUCAACACAUCAUGAAUGGUGCCUACAGUAUGUUCAACUUAUUGUUAAGCCAGCAGUGAGAAACGAUGACCAUGUACAUAGCACUCUCAGACAGCCUAGCUAGCUAUAAACCUAACCUAACUGUAAAUUCUGUUUACUUUACUUGUGAGGUAAAGUGGCUAUUCCCUCACUAGUGAAAACCAUUUUCCUCGCUCGUAAAGUAAAACGUUAUACUUUA